CAUGUGGUUGAUAUGUAGCAAUAGAAGGCGUGUGGUCAUUGACAGAAACAAAGCCGUGGGGCAUGCUGCUAUGCUAUGCUAUGGAAGAAGAAGCUUUAUAACUGGAUCUUCAACAACCCCAUCAUCAAUGGCAGCAGCGUCAACAAUGACUACUCUUCGUCUUCCCACUUCUCUCACUCUCCCCCCCACCAGAAGACGAAGGCUCCGAGUCAACUCACUCCCCCCCUUUCUUCUCAAAUCCCUAAUUUUCCCCCCUAAUUCGCUCCCAAAACCCUUACCUACCCGCAUUUUUCCCAUCACCUGCCAUUCCAAAACCACCAACCACCAUCAUAAUCACCACCAUAAUCAUGAUCAUGAGAUUCACAGUCACGAUCAUGGUCAUGGUCACAAUCAUCAUCAUCACCAUCAUCAUCAUCAUCACGGUGGUGGUGAAUACAAGCUUACGAAAACACAACUGGCGUUUGCUGAUUUCGCUAAGGCUGUUAAGUGGAGUGAGCUUGCUGACUUCUUAAGGGAGCAUUUAGAGCUGUGUUGUUUCUCCACUGCCUUGUUUUUAGCUGCUGCUGCUUGCCCUUACUUGCUCCCCAAGGCUUCUGUGAAGGCUGUUCAGCAUGUUUUAGCUCUUGUGGCUUUUCCUCUUGUUGGGGUGUCAGCAUCAUAUGAUGCACUGUUAGAUAUUGCUGGUGGGAAAGUUAAUAUUCAUGUAUUAAUGGCUCUUGCUGCAUUUGCAUCUGCAUUUAUGGGGAAUGCACUAGAAGGAGGCUUGCUUCUAGCAAUGUUCAAUUUGGCUCACAUCGCUGAAGAGUAUUUCACUAGUCGGUCAAAAGUUGAUGUCAAGGAGUUGAAAGAGAACUAUCCAGAGUUCGCCCUCGUACUUGAAGUUAACAACCAAAAGUUACUAAACUUUUCCGAUUUGAAAUACCACGAGGUCCCGGUUAAUGAGUUAGAAGUUGGAUCAUUUAUCUUGGUCAAAGCUGGAGAGUCGGUUCCUGUAGAUUGCGAAGUUUUCAAAGGUAGGUCAACAAUCACAAUUGAGCAUUUGACCGGUGAAGUGAAACCAGUAGAACGCGAUGUCGGUGACAGAAUUCCUGGCGGCGCAAGAAAUAUAGACGGUAUGAUGAUUCUCAAGGCAAAGAAGACGUGGAAAGAAUCUAUGCUGAAUAAGAUAGUGCAGCUGACAGAAGAAGCUCAACAAAGGAAACCGAAGCUUCAAAGGUGGUUGGAUCAGUUUGGUGAGAAUUACAGCAAGGCAGUUAUCAUUCUAUCAGUUGCGGUUGCCCUCAUUGGCCCCGUUAUUUUCAAGUGGCCGUUCUUCAGUACUCCAGCUUGCAGGGGUUCAUUUUACCGAGCAUUAGGGCUCAUGGUUGCAGCAUCACCGUGCGCUUUGGCUGUGGCUCCGUUGGCUUACGCUACUGCAAUCAGUGCGUGUGCCAAAAAGGGAAUAUUGCUAAAGGGUGGACAUGUUUUUGACUCUCUAGCUUCCUGUCACACCGUUGCAUUUGAUAAGACUGGGACAUUGACGACAGGGGAGUUUAUGUGCAAAGCGAUUGAGCCCAUACACGGACAUGAAGCUACCGCUUCUUGUUGCGUUCCGACGUGUGAGAAAGAAGCCCUUGCUGUUGCUGCUGCUAUGGAAAAAGGCACCACCCACCCGAUCGGAAGAGCGGUUAUAAAUCAUAGUCAAGAAAACGAGCUUCCUGCUGUUUAUGUUGAAAGCUUUGAGAAUCUCCCUGGUAGAGGUCUUUUUGCUACAUUAUCUAGCAAUCAGCCAGGCUUUGGAGGGCGCCAAGAGUUAAAGGCAUCACUCGGUUCCGUUGAAUACAUCACGUCACAAUUCAACUCUACAUAUGAAUCACAACAGAUUAAGGAUGCAGUAAUCAAGUCUUCAUAUGGAACUGACUUGGUCCGUGCUGCACUCUCCGUCAACAACAAAAAGGUAACUCUGUUUCACUUUGAGGAUAAACCUCGAAUUGGGACAAAAGAUGUCAUCUUGGAAUUGAAACAACAAGCAAAGCUUCAUGUAAUGAUGUUAACCGGUGACCAUGAGCUUAGUGCACGAAGGGUUGCUAAUGCAGUCGGCAUUGAUGAAAUUCAUUGCAGCUUAAAGCCCGAGGAUAAACUCAAUCAUGUCACUAACAUCCCUAGAGAUACAGGAAGAGGUCUGGUGAUGGUUGGUGAUGGUAUUAAUGAUGCACCGGCACUUGCUGCUGCUACCGUUGGUGUUGUGCUGGCACAACGUGCUAGUGCAACUGCUAUAGCCGUUGCAGAUAUAUUACUACUUCAAGAUAAUAUUUCUGGUGUUCCAUUUUGUAUCGCAAAGUCUCGCCAAACCACCACCCUGGUGAAAUUGAAUGUUGCACUUGCCUUAUGUAGCAUUAUGCUGGCCUCCCUUACUUCAGUUAUGGGAUUUCUCCCUUUGUGGCUUACGGUUCUUCUACAUGAAGGAGGGACGCUGCUUGUGUGUCUAAAUUCUAUACGCGCUCUUGAAGAACCGACAUGGUCAUGGAGGGCAGAUGUUCUACAAAUAUUCAACAAAUUCAAGUCUCUGCUCACUUCCGUCACGAAAAACACCCCGACAAUCCAGGCUGCACCCUCUUAAGACUGCAACCACAUUAGUUUUAGUUACACUUUGACCAGAAGAUCUCGUGUGGGUUGGGUUUUCAACUUCUCAACUAACAUUUUUUUAAAAGGUAAUUGUAUUUGAUAUAUAGUUUAAGAUGUAAUGAUUGGAGUACGUGGAUAAGUUUGAAUUGAGAUCCGUGGGACAACGUUGAACGAAAACGACCAAUACAUUAAAUAUUAAUAUUGUUGAUUA